AGGGGGCAAGCGCAGCGUGAGCUUCCCUCUGGCUUCCCUCUUGCUCCGUGUUUGGAUUUUGACACUCUGUGGAAGUCACCCAGUGUCUUUCAGCGUCAGAAGAGGAACAUCUGCAAGAAAUGCCUGCAAGGAGGCGUUUGAUCGACCUUCCUCCCUGUGAGACCAACAGGCUUGGAGACAUCGCCGAUCUAGUCACCUCUGCCCUCUCCUCAUGCAGCCGCAGAGAGAAGCUGGCACUGGCCAUGAAGAGGAAAGGCUUUAUUCCAAAACUAUUAGAGCUUUUCCAAGACUGCGAGCGGUCAGAGGCCACCGAAGCCUUACACCAGUUACAUGGAAUUAUGAGAGGGAUUUUGCACCUCGGUAAAUCAAGUCUGUUUGAAGUGAUGUUCUCCAAGGAGUGUAUUAUGGAUGUCAUCGGAUGCCUGGAGUAUGAUCCUUCGCUGGCUCAGCCCAAACACCACCGGCAGUUUGCAGCUAAAAGAGCCAAUCUUAAGAAGAUUGUUCCCAUCAGAGACUCCAAAAUCCAGAAAAAAUUCCACCAGAUGUACCAGGCACAGUAUAUUCAGGCUAACUUCUUGCCAAAUCCUGAUUUUGGAGAGAAUUAUCUUCCUAUCCUUGCUUCCUUCAUCCGCCGCAAGAAAGAGGAGAUAUUCAGAGUGUUGGAGAAAGACGAGGAAUUUUUGUCUGAUGUUUUUGUCCAAUUAACAAAUGAAGCUACGGCUGAGGACGAACGAUUGGAAUUGGUUAACUUUCUCAAGGAACUCUGUGCCUGUUCCCUCAUAUACUAUCAGAGGAGAGAGAAAUUUCUACAAAGAUCGGCCAAGUUGGGAAUUCUUCCAACUCUUGAAAUUCUAAUAGGAAUGGAUGAUCUGCAAGUUAGAGCUGCUGCCACAGACAUCUUGUCUGAUCUAGCAGACUUUUGUCCAUUCAUGGUCCAAGAAUUUGUAAUGAAAGAGGCCCAGCAGAGUGACCCUGAUACUGACCUGAUCAGUUUAGUCAUUGAGCAGCUGAUCUGCCAUUCUGAUCCCGAGUCUGGAGGAGCUGAGCAGCUGAUGGAUGUGCUGUGCACUCUGCUCGAUCCAGGGAAUCUGCUGCGUGCAGCUGAGGCUUCACAAGUAUUCGAAUUUCUCAAUUUCUUCUACACCUGCUGUAUUCCUGUUCUGACUGCUCCACUUUCGGCCAAUGCAAUGGAAGGUACAUGUGAAAUAGAUAACUAUCAAGUGGCAAAACUGCUUGCCUUAAUUUUGAAGCUCCUCACUUUUUGUGUGGAAUGGCAUAAGGAGCACAUGAGGCAUUACAUUAUCAGCAGGGAUUUGCUAAGAAGAGUCCUGGUCUUGAUGAAUUCCAAACACACAUUUCUGGCCUUGAGUGCUUUUCAGUUUAUAAAGAAGAUAAUUGGCCUGAGAGAUGAGCUCUAUAACUGUUACAUCGCCCAGGGAAAUCUCCUUGAACCAUUUUUACUUGCUCUGUUGGAAAAUGGAGCUGUGUAUCAUCUGCUCACCUCAUCUGUGAUUGAGCUGUUGGAACUCAUCAAACUGGAAGAUGGCAAGUCCCUUAUUGGACAUCUAGUGGACAACUUCUGUCAGGCACUUGGAACUAUCGACUACGUUCAGACUUUUGGACUGAAGCCCAAAUAUGAGAAGGAAAAGCACCAACAAGAGCAGACAGUGAACAGUGUCCCAUGCUGUGGCUCCUCUUCAAAGGCGGCGACCCCGAGGCCAGCGGUGGCGGCCCUCAAGAGACGUCUACGGGAGGAUUACACUGAUCACGAAGAUCAGUCUAACACAGUUAAAAGGAAAAGACCACGUAAGCGUUGAUGAAGGAAACACAAAGUUUGGAAGACGAAUUAUCGCUCCAGUUCUUCAAGUGUUGAGUGUUAAAUUUUUGGAGUUAGUUUUAAUUGUAGCUAUUGUUUCGUGGAAGAUAGGCUGCCAUAGGUUUUGUUACUUAAGUAGAGUUUGUUACGUAAAAGAUAAGAAGUUUGUUUUGUAUUCAAGUUCCCAUUGUUCUGGUUUUAGACUGUUUGGAAAUAUGUUUAAAUAUUCACAGUGUUGAGUUGUAAAAUUUAGGAUUUAAAAUUUUCCUCUGUGAUUUCAUAAUACGUUUAUUGAUAAAUGUUAUUUUGAUAAAAAGUUCACAUUGUUCUGGUUUUAGACUGUUUGGAAAUAUGUUUAAAUAUGCACAAUGUUGAGUUGUAAAAUUUAGGAUUUAAAAUUUUCCUCUGUGAUUUUAUAAUAUGUUUAUUGAUAAAGGUUAUUUUGAUAAAAAGUUCACAUU